CCUGCCACCCGACAUGUGCGUCCCUGAAGCUCUGCUGCUCCGACUACAAAGAGUUCUGCGUGAGCACCUCUCCAUACUCGGGCUCCAUCAUGGGUGGGACAGACGUUCUCGUCCUGGAUGCGCGCUUUAAUGGGAGUUCUCAGAUUGUCUGCAGGUUUGAUAAUAAAAUUAGCACCGUGGGGUACGUGGAUGCUGACGGCAGAGGCCACUGCAUCUCCCCACUGUUAUACGAAACAGGAUGGCUUCCUCUGCACGUCUCCUCAGAUAAUGGAACUACCUUUAACAGAGCUGGAUCCUGGUUCUCAGUGCAUACAGGCAAGUUGGACUCUCAGUUUAAAGCUCUUCUGGUCAACUCAACAAGGUGGCAGUACUACGGCACGCCUGAUGUCAGGGGUGCACUUCAGAUGAUCUGGAAUACCUCUUUAGUAAAGGCAGAGAAGGUCAACAUAGAGCUUUGGGGUUACAGAGAGAUAGGAGAGCCCUACUCAGAGAACUGGCUGGGUGAAUGGCAUUAUCUGUAUUCACUUGCUAAGGAUCACCCCAACAAUGGCUCCUUCAGCUUUGUGCCCAAACCAGCAGAGGGCGAAUUUUCAAGUUGGGAGCUUGGCUCGGUCCGAGUUAGCUCCAGUUACUACUCUGAGGGCUUGUGGAAUGUCGAAGCUGCGUGGACUGAGGAUCAUGCUCUGGCCUGGCAUCUGGAGGAAAAGUUCAGGCAGAACUCCGCCGCUUGGGCUCUGGAGAAAUGCUUGGAGUGGGACCAGCUGGAAAACCAGCUUCCCAGCUUCCUCAGCGAGAUCAUCGACUGCCCCUGCACUCUGGCUCAAGCAAGAGCCGACACCGGGAGGUUUCAUACUGAUUAUGGAUGCGAUAUAGAGAAAGGGAGUGUGUGCACCUACCAUCCAGGGUGUGUUCACUGUGUGAGGGCCAUACAGGCCAGUCCCAAGUACGGCGCGGGACAGCAGUGUUGUUACGACAGCACCGGUGCUCAGGUCCUGACUGCAGACUCGAUUGGGGGGAGCACUCCAGACCGGGCUCAUGACUGGGGGUCCCCUCCUUAUAAGAAGCCCCCUCGAGUUCCGGGACAAUCCCACUGGGUUUAUGACGUCCUCAGUUUUUACUACUGCUGCCUCUGGUCUGAUAACUGUCACUUCUACUUCAAACACCGGCCCUCCAGUGACUGCAGGCAGUACCAGUCACCCAGCUCUGCGGUGGUGUUCGGAGAUCCACACUUCAUAACCUUUGAUGGCAUCAGCUACUCGUUCAAUGGAAAAGGGGAAUACUCUUUGGUCAUCUCAGAGCAGAAACAACUGGUGAUCCAAGGCCGAACGGAGCCUGUGGAUGGAGCGAUGAUAAACGCAACAAAGUUGACGUCCGUAGCCAUGAGAGAAGCCACCUCUGAUGUUGUAGAGGUGCGUUUGGAUCGAGCACAUAAAAGUCUGGAAGUGCUGCGAAACCAGCAUACCCUCUCGUUUUCUGAGCAGAGCUGGAUGGACCUCCAUGGUGUGUUCGUGUUCUCGCCCACUCCUACCAACGUGACCGUGAUGUUCCCGUCAGGAGCCGGGGUGGAGGUGCGGCUGAGAGACGUGACCGUGACGACCACUGUCCUCCUGCCAGAGGAGUUUAAAAGCUCCACGCUGGGCCUGCUGGGGAAGAUGAAUGGUGAUGCCACAGACGACCUGGUCUUCAGCACCGGGCAGCUUGUGCAGAACCCCAACGAUCCAGCUGAGCUGUUUAACUUUGGGGCGAGCUGGGCUGUGUUGAACACAUCUGCCCUGUUCACAUAUGACUCAGAAUAUCUUCUGACCACAUUUUAUUAUGAACUCAGACACGAUAAGAGUUUUUUUCCGGUGUUUUCUGUCCCUGAGGAUCCAGACGACCCGCUGACUGAUCAAGCAGCUGACAUAUGUUCAGGAGAGGGCUCUCAGUUCUGUAGGUAUGAUAUCCUGGUUGGUCGAAGUCCAGCGAUGGGAAAUGCAACCAGAGUUUCAUUUCAGAGUCACAUUUCUCUGACGAACGAUUUGAAACAAGUAUUAUCCUGUGGAUGGAUUCCACCACCAAGUAAUGGAAAAAAGCAGGGGACCACCUACCUACAAGGAGCAAAGGUGCAGUUUUCCUGCGACGAGGGCUACACGCGGAAAGGCUCAGCAGAGCGUUACUGCCAGAAGAACGGACAGUGGUCUGGAGAAGAAACAAGCUGCGUGAUUUCCAGUAUGAAAACCAAAGAAAAUCAAUAAAUAUUACAGUUUUGAUUUGCAUGAAUCAGUGGCAACAA